AACAGCUUAUUGUCAAUGUAUACUCCGAACGAGUCGGUCGUGUUCGGCAGACAAAAGCCAUGUUUAAAAACUUAUAGAUAACCCUCGGAUGACCGGUCAAACUUAUCACUGUGUCAAACAUAUACGCUGUGUUAGUCCAUUACAAUGAUGUAUAAGUUGUGGGUUGCAUUAUGUGUGACUUGUUUGUUUGUGUCCAUUUCAGCACUCAAGGAUUGCAACGGUGACGCAGUCUGUUUGCCAAUAGAGAAAUGCAAAUUGGCUUACGAAAAUUUAAACGUCAAAAAUAUUCAGGACAUUUUAAGAAAAACGUCUUGCGGCUUUGAGAGGGAUAAACCGCACGUUUGCUGUCCCCCAAUAUUUGUAACGUUUGGUAGAGAAAACUUACUGCCAAACAUUUCGGUAUGCGGUAUUCAAACUGACGAAAGGAUCUAUGGAGGUGAUAAGACCGACAUUGAUGAACAUCCAUGGAUGGCGUUACUGCGAUAUGACAAACCAAAGGGGAGCCACGGAUUUUAUUGUGGUGGAGUCCUCAUAUCAUCGCGUUACAUUCUGACCGCUGCUCAUUGUAUCAAAGGAGCUGACAUACCACCAAGUUGGAAACUAAGUCAUGUGCGUCUUGGUGAAUGGAAUUUAACGAGCGAUAUGGAUUGCCGAAGCAAUGAUUGCAGCCCCCCAGUCGUGGAUGUGCCUGUCGAGAAACUUAUCCCUCACGAAGAUUAUAGGCCAAGAGAUGGGAAUCAACAGAAUGAUAUAGCUCUCAUCCGGUUGGGAAGAGAGGUGAAAUUUAAUGAUUUUGUGAAACCUAUCUGUUUACCGACCUCAGAAGAGCUUCGUGAUAAUUCCUAUGAAGGUUGGGAUAUGGAAGUAGCAGGUUGGGGCAAAACGGAAUAUAGAUCUACAUCCGACGUAAAAUUGAAAGUCAAACUACCAAUUGUGAGCCACCAAAACUGCAUGGAGGUUUAUGCGUUGGCAUCACGCCUCAUCACGGAUAAACAACUGUGCGCUGGAGGCUUGGAUGGUCAAGACUCCUGCCGUGGAGAUUCUGGUGGGUCUCUUAUGGGCCAGGCAACGAAAAAGAAAAUCUGGUUCGCCUUUGGGGUCGUCUCCUAUGGCCCUUCACCUUGUGGGACACCAGGUUGGCCUGGAGUCUACACUAGAGUGACUGCAUUUAGCGAUUGGAUCCUAUCAAAGCUUGAACCGUAAUUAUAUAGCAUAUUCAGAACUCUACUAGAUGGCGCUUAUCCUAAACAAUGCUAGUGGUUUUAUUAUUACAUAAAAAUAAAUGUAUGUAUAAAAUGUGAUUGUUAUAAAAAUACUCACAAUAAAGUGCCAUUAUAUAAAUGUUAUAUAAGGUUUUAUUUUCAUAUGUACAACAAUUAAUUGUUUUAUAGACAAAUUCAAGGGUUUUUUACAAUUGUUUAGUUAAUACACACACAGUGGUUUUAUACUGUGUCAAUUUCUCUUUUUAUUCUUAAAAUAAAUAGAUCUAAUGUA